AUGGAGGAGGGUAUGGAGGAGGAUGGCUAUAUAAAGGGAGAAGCGUGAUCUCUGGGGCGUCGCUUUGCCAAGGCCGAGCACACGAGAGGGGCGUCUGCCUUUGUCUCUCCGGGCCCUUCGCAUCAAGGAGGAGAAGGAAGGAAGGGGGGUGAGAGACCAAAAACGAUCGAAGGUUUUGGAUUUGGAGAGGAAGAGAUGGAGGGGAGAAAGGAUGUGGGAAUUCUCGCCAUGGAUAUCUACUUCCCUCCCACUUCCGUUCAACAGGAAGAACUUGAGGCUUAUGAUGGGGCAAGCAAGGGAAAGUACACCAUUGGACUUGGGCAAGAUUGCAUGGCCUUCUGCACAGAACUCGAAGAUGUGAUAUCCAUGAGCUUGACAGUCAUUACAUCCCUCCUGGAGAAGUAUCAGAUUGAUCCAAAACAAAUUGGUCGCCUAGAAGUUGGUAGUGAGACAGUGAUAGACAAGAGUAAGUCUAUCAAGACCUGGUUGAUGCAAAUCUUUGAGGAAUGUGGUAACACUGAUGUUGAAGGAGUUGACUCGACAAAUGCAUGUUAUGGGGGAACAGCUGCUCUCUUUAACUGUGUCAAUUGGGUGGAGAGUAGCUCUUGGGAUGGGCGAUAUGGAGUUGUUGUUUGCACAGACAGUGCGGUUUACGCAGAAGGGCCCGCUCGGCCUACUGGGGGUGCAGGUGCUAUUGCGAUGCUGAUUGGACCAAAUGCUCCCAUUUCUUUCGAAAGUAAAUACAGGGGAACUCACAUGACUCAUGUUUAUGACUUUUACAAGCCCAACCUUGCAAGCGAAUAUCCGGUUGUUGACGGAAAGCUAUCACAGACAUGCUAUCUCAUGGCACUUGAUUCAUGUUACAAACAUUUUUGUAGCAAGUAUGAAAAGUUUGAGGGAAAGCAAUUUUCAAUUUCUGAUGCAGACUAUUUUGUUUUCCAUUCUCCAUAUAACAAGCUUGUACAGAAAAGUUUUGCUCGUCUCUACUUUAAUGACUUCUUACGCAGUGCAAGUUCUGUUGAGAAGGAUGGAAGGGAAAAGCUGGAGCCUUUUUCAACCUUGACUGGUGAUGAAAGCUAUCAGAAUCGUGAGCUUGAAAAGACCUCUCAGCAAGUUGCAAAGCACUUAUAUGAUGAAAAGGUUCAACCAUCUACUUUGCUACCAAAACAGAUUGGGAACAUGUACACUGCAUCUAUUUAUGCUGCAUUUGCAUCUCUUCUUCAUAACAAGCAUAGCACUCUGGUGAACCAACGGGUUGUGAUGUUCUCAUAUGGUAGUGGCCUUUCUUCCACAAUGUUCUCCUUCAAACUUCAGGAGGGUCAACAUCCCUUCAGCCUAUCAAACAUUGCUGCUGUGCUGAAUGUAUCAGAGAAGCUGAAGGCAAGACAUGUGUUUACACCUGAGAAGUUUGUCGAAACAUUGAAGUUGAUGGAGCACCGAUAUGGAGCCAAGGAUUUUGUGACAAGCAAAGACACAAGCUUGUUGUCUCCUGGAACAUUCUAUCUCACAAAUGUUGAUCAUAUGUAUCGGAGGUACUAUGUGAAGAAGAGUGCUGAGGGCAUGACGAAUGGGAAAACUGCAGAGUGCAACAAUCAGUCACUAGCCAAUGGCUACUGAAGAUAUAUGCCUCCUCAAUUCAUGGAGGCAUGGCUAUUAAAUAAUCAUUGAUGUUAUUGCUGUCCCCGUUCUUUCUAAAUGUCGAGCCAACGGGCUUAGCAUGCCUUAUUAAAAGCAGGUGCUUAUUUUAUUGGUGCCCAUGAAUCUUGUAUUUGAGCUAAUCUAUAAUUUCUUCGAGAUUUCUUGGUCUUUCUAGUACUCUGUUGAUCUUACCACCUUGGGGGUUUGAACCACAACGCAAUUAUAUUUGAAAUUUUCGUAAAUUAGACUUUUC